GCGCCCCGCCGGAAGCGCGGGGGGCGGGCCGGGGCCCUGCGGGGCGGGCGAUGGAGCGGCUGCGGAGGCUGUGGCGGGGUCACACGAUGACCGUCGGGGUGCCCCUGUUGCUGUAUCUUGUUGGAGGAUCUUUUGGACUCCGUGAAUUUGCUCAAAUAAGAUAUGAUGUCCACAAACUACAUGGCAAGGUUGAUCCAGCUUUUAAAGAAAAAUUGAAACAGAACACUGUGACACUGGAAUCUGAAUAUGAGAAGCUGGAAAAGUCUGACUUGGAUAACUGGGAGAACAUCAGAGGACCCCGUCUGUGGGAGGAUUCCAGGACUGUUCAGAAGCAACAGCGGGAGGCUCUCCAUCUCAAGACAGAGUGACUGAGCAAGCCUGCUUUGGUGCCUCUGCAAAAAAAAAAAAGUCUCAGGCUGGACUGUCUUAUUUUUUAAUCCAGCAUUGAGAACAGACAUGGGAGGGGGGGAUUGCACUGAGCAAUUCAUGCUGGUGUCUAUAUAAGUAACUAUGAGAUCAGCCCAAAAGGCACUGUAUUUUAUGAAGCUCUUUGUUUGCAUCCAUUUGCACGGCAUUCCUCAGACUAUAUAUAUGAAUUCUCAAUUAAAAAUAGUUGAUUAUUCUACUGAGAAUAUCCCAUUGUUUUUCAAUCCCUAUCGUUCAAAACUGAGAUGCUUCAUCAAGGAAUAACAUUGCAGGAGUCACUUGUCAGUACCAGAAGUUGUCAUUGUAAUGAGAACAACAGUGCUGUCAUCUGGAUGUGUGUGACCAGCUUAAUGCUGCUUCAGGGAGCCCCUGCGUGACUUCAGGCUCUUAAGCUUGGAAGGGACUUUACAAGCAUAAGAGCUGUUCAGAACAGUGAGUCCAUUUUUGGCUAAAUAAUAUUCCUGUGUUUCAUUUCCAGGAACUUGACUGUACAGAGUCAUGUACAGAAUGUUAGCUGGUGAUCGGUCAAAUAACAUUUGUUUAACUGUGGUUAGAUUUUUGUGAUUGUUGAUACCUUUGUGCAGGCAGGACCUUUGCACUGGAACUUCUCAGUUUAAGUUGGAAGAAUUCUUCCUCACUAAGGGCUGUCUUGUUUCUCUGUGAGCAAGUAUUGUAGCAGAUUCUUCUUAAACUACUAUAUAGUGGCAAAGCUCAUCUUACACGUAGUAUUACAUGUAUAUUUGUGCAUGUGUGCAGAAAUUUUUUAUCUUUUGAUGGAUUUUUCUGAAGUGCUUGUCUUUUUAUAUUUGUCUUUGUGUGCUAAAUGUUUGCUGUUAGAGGAAACCAUGCUAACAUUCCGGACCCUUCUGUUGAGGCAAUGAAGAAGCAUCUAGUUAAUUUUUCAAAUUAAAUGAAGCUUUUGGUAAGGGGCUAGAACAGACCUGUAGAACUUCUCUUCAGAGGAAUGGUGUAGUAGAGUACAGAGUAACAGUAGACUCUAGUUUCAAAGAAUUCAGUGACACCUAUAUGUAAAUCCUUUUGGAACUGUUUUUGGAAGUGUGGUCUUACUCCUCUCUGCAAGAGUGUCAAAUGCAAUCUAAAUGUCCUUUUGGACACUUUAUUUAGGGUAGCCUCCUUGUCCUCGGGUAAAUCUUCCCUCAGCACUUCAUUAUCUUCAGUUUCUCAGUGAUGAGGUCCAGUCUUUCUAUCAGGAAGAAGAAUCAGCACUGAUUUUGAGAGCUGUAAAGCAAUUCAAAAAGCAUUACAUGAAAUAUCUUGCCCAAGUUUUGUGCAUGUUUUCUUCUGAUAGAGUUGUGAAGACCAUCAGUGUCACACGCUAUCUGGAAAGUGUUGCAUGUUAUCGGGAACAAGGUUAGAGCUGUGUGUUUGUGUGUUUCCCUGUUCAAUAGCAUAUAUAUCUCUGGUUCUAAAUAAAUGCACUAACAAAUUAAACCAACCAGGAGAGGAACAAGAGGAGCAAUACAAGAGUGAGGUAAUCAUAAAUGCUAUGGAGAAACAACUGAAGAACUAGGAUAUGGAGGCAUUAAACUGUGCUAGACCUACACGAGAAGGAAGUUGGUUUAAUUGUUUUGUCAUUAGUUUUACCUAAAAGAUAAAACAAUAUUCUUAGACAAAUAAGAUGCAAAAUGGGACAAAUUAAGGAGUAAUUAAAACUGCAUGCCUUGCUAAGCAUUUUUUCAACUCAUAAUUCGAAUCCUGGUGCAGUUCCACUGACAGCAGCAAGAGUGAUUGCUCAAAGGACUUCAAUGCAUUCACUACACUAACAGAAUAUUCUCUGAGUUAGGGCUCCUGCAGCAUCACUGCUACUGUUACAGUACUAGCAGGACUACUGGAAAUGUUUCUUUACAUUCCCUGGUAUAGACCCAUCUUGUGUGGAAUCUGAAAAUUCACUGUCUUUUCCAGAGUGUACAUGUCUUCCUUUUCUUAGCCUUGAUUGAAGGAGAAGGGAAGUUGCCAUUGCUUUGCAUAUGGAGAGGCAUGAUCAGCUCCCAGUUUUGCAACAUUGGCUUACAAUAUAGACCAACACGACCCCUGAAAUAAACACAUGGCGCUCUAGGAACAACAUGUGUAGGAAAAGCUACCCUUUCCCCCAGGGGAAGCAGCACAGGUAUUUCUCUUUCAUGAAGCCCUUAGGCUUAUCAGUUUUCUUGAUGAGCAAAACACUCUCUGAAAUAUCCUGUGUAUUUUUAGUAAUUUGAUAUCCAACAAAGGCUCUUUUAGGAAUGGUCAUCUUACUUCAGCAGGUCUGGAAUGUAUUUGUAAAUAAUUACUUCUGUGGAGAACACUUUUAUAUGUCAGAAUUUAGGACUCGGUUUUAGUCAGUUGCUUGCUGGUUGUGGGCCCCCCCACCCCUCCCUUUUCAUAGGCACUAAAUUUCCUGUAGUUUCUGAGGGCAUGUUUGUGACUACCUUUGAAGUGACAUCUCUGGAAAGUGAUGGAUUUAUCCUAGCAUCUCUGAGAAACACUGACAUGCAGUUGGAAAACCUUCCAAUUUGCCCUUCUCUUCAACUUCCCUUUUAAGAGACAGUCCAUAUCUACUGACAGUCCACUAAAAAAAAUUCCCACCUUUUUUUUUUUUUUAAUACUGUUGACUCAUUCAUGGGAAAAAAAAAAAACACACAACAAUAACUUUUGGCAGGUAGGGAAGCUGUACUUUUCAUAUAAUGGGAAAAGCUAUUUCAGCAGUUUAUUGCCAUGCACAUGGACAAUGGCUUCAUGCUUUAUGCUGUGCACUUCUUAGCGACUGAAUUGGAAAUAAUACUUAGGAAAGGUGUGUUGAGAGUCAAUUAAAGUCUUUUAAGUUGUGCAUCCUAAAGUAGAAGGUACUCCAGAAAUGUGGAGAAUUAUAGUUCACAACACAAACAAGAAAGGCAAACUUCAAUUGGUUCAGGACUCAGGCUUAGUUUGGCUGCUUAUUUGAACUAUUCUUUUGAAAGCCAUGUUACAGCACUCUGCUUAUCUCUGAGGCACCUGGGGACAACCUUGUUGAAUUCCUGAAUUGUUAUUCUAAGCAUCUGUGGCUGGAGGGGAGGUCAGAGGCAAUUAAAUGCAAUUGUCAGUCUCAGACACUGACAUUUUUGCAUCCUCUUUGGUAACUGGCAUAUACUGGUCUGAGGGGAAUGAAAACAAGGCUUUAGUGAGAGGUGUGAAGUAUUAAAGGGGUAAAAAAGGAUUGAAAAAGCCAGAUCUUCUAGUCAGUGUUGCUGAAAUUAGAAAUAGAAGAAGGAAGUCUGGUUAGGUGUCUGUGUGUAUGUGGACUGAAAAAUCGGUUUCAAAGUCCCUCUUUUGACAAUAAAGGAGAAAGUGUUUAUCUCUCAAA